GUCUAUUUCAGAGAUACGCAACCACUGAGCCAUGCCCGAGGAAAUUACGAACCCCUCUUUCCCCUCACAAACUCUUGAACCUUGCUUGCUCUGAGUCUAUCCUCAACACUCUCAACGAAGAUCCUUACCAUCUGAAUCGAAAUAACUUCAAGAUGACCUGCCUCGAUAUCUCCGUGCCCAAUCACAUUGAAAAUAUUCGCUGCAAACCACCGUACUGUAUUUCAGACGACAUAAAUGCGAAUUCUAUUAAUCAUCUCAUCCAGCGAUUCGGUCAGAAGCAUGGGCGCGGUGAGGAAGAGAUCGAGAAAGCAUGCUGCUUGGCUCGUGGAUCAUCAGACAUUGUAGUCAUGCUUGAGCGACCAAAUGGCAAGCACGAGUACGACGUUUCUUUUGAGGAUUUCAUUAGCAAUUGUCCGACGUUACAAGCUGUGGAUGACCUCAUCAGAUACAGUUCAAUGGGUGCAAGAAGCAUACAUACAGUCACUGUUCUCGAUGCAUUCCCAUUCAUGCAUGAGCUUGAUAGUGGGACCCCUGAAAAGCGCCGCGAGGUGAACGUGCAGUGUCACGAGCUGAUCGAGCAGAUACUUGAUCUGAAGAAACCGAAGGUGGUGAUUUGCUGCUGGCAAGGACCACAUGAUAUCUCGACUGAAAACGUGAUUCUCAAGCAGCUUGAGUCCCGUGGCAUCGGUAGCUGGCCAAUCCGGAAAAAGGCCAAAAACGGACAGAUGACUCUAAUUCGCUCAUUUCAUCCGGCUGCAUCUGUGUGCUACCGCACAAGCUCUUACUGGACACGCCUAUUACUCAUUUGUCACUUUGUCGUGGCAUUUGCGGAGCUUGGGAUGCCAUUGAGACACCCUUCCUGGCUUCAAGACAUAUGCAACAAAAGCAAAGAAGAAAUCAAUAACAAGAAGCAGAGCAAGGAAGCCAUAGAAUCUUCUGUGUGGCACCAUCUUCGUGAGACUUUGGUGGACCCAAAAGCAUGCAGAGUUUCUUAUGCAUCUGAUACUUCCUGCACCAUGUCAGAUGAGGUGAAUAUUCUCCUAAGGCAACUGUUCGCGUCCGAGUAUACCGGGAGUAUAGAUCACAUCGCGUCACUGCGUCUGAUCUGGCAGGAAUAUCAACAUCCUUUAAAACAGGAUGUGUCCAUUCUUCUUAGAGAGAUCGAAAGGCGACUGAAGCUCCCGAUCCACAACGGAAAGUGCGUCGUUCUCACAAGAUCCAUUCGGGACAUCCAAUCCGCUAAAGAAUUGGAGUCUCUCAUGAAGCAUCUGCAGCUCAAUGCAACUCACCGUCGAGCAAUUGUUCCCGAAACGCACGAUAUAUUCCGAGGGCUGCAGUUAUUACUCAACGAACACUGUAAUAAAAUGAAUCGGUGCGAACGUGAAGCAGCCAGGCUUUCUUCACAGGUCGACAUGAGCAUCAAGUUUGGCCUGAAUAUAUUCAGCCCCGAUGUGACUGAUUUGUCGACCAAAAUAGACAAGCUAGCCUCAGACCGAUGCAGCCAGCUUGAUGAGACAGCAACUUUUAUUUCCUUGAUUCCGGUGAUACUGGAACAGAUAUUUUUCUCCAUGAAUGAGGUAGAGCAGUCUCAAUGCUACCCUGUUGAUCGUUCCCGCAUUCUGAGUAUCAUGGACCAGAAUAUUCGCAAGGCUCAAGCCACGGCAAAUAUCACAUCUAGGGCCGCCAUGCGCCUCUGCGGCUUGCUCACGUUGCAGACGAUGAUCGGCGGUGAAGGAAUUGAUGGCCAAACGCCGAUUGCCUUGCAGCGUCUAUUUGGGCUUACCAGUUCGGUGAAACUUCUUCGUACUGGGAUAACAAAGAUGCUAGAGUUCCGAGCCAUGAUACAAAUAAGUGGAGACAAAGUCGUAGCCUCUCCAUAAAUGUUCGUCAGAUCCACUGAAGCAAACGGAUGUUUCAGGUCUUCGUCGAUUUUAUAGCGAAGUUAACGAAAGCUGUACGAAGUGGAAGCCCGCCGAAGCCCAGGAUUUGUUUGAUUUAAGGUUACAAAUCGUUCUUUUCCCCCCCUAUCUGUUUGUAAAAGAUAGCAUAAGGGUAGCUUCAUAUUUAUACAUAAUUGUCUUAGCUAAGAGAAUGUUCUGGGACAUUGGACAAGAACUAAUAUAUCAGUGCUCUUGGAUGGAGGAGGCCGCAUGAUCCCUAAUUGUAAACGUGUACUAUUGUGCAUAUGACUGUCAAUUUGCUUGUACUGUGCGGGAC